AUGCAGUGCGCGGAGCCGGCGGUGAGGAAGGGGCCCUGGACCAUGGAGGAGGACCUCGUCCUCGCCAACUACGUCGCCGCCAACGGCGAGGGCGCGUGGAACAGCCUCGCCCGCGCUGCCGGGCUGAACCGGACGGGGAAGAGCUGCCGGCUGCGGUGGCUCAACUACCUGCGCCCCGACGUGCGGCGCGGCAACAUCACGCCGGAGGAGCACCUGCUCAUCGUGGAGCUGCAGGCCAGGUGGGGCAACCGGUGGUCCAAGAUCGCCAGGCACCUCCCCGGCCGGACCGACAACGAGAUCAAGAACUUCUGGAGGACCAAGAUACAGAAGAAGCGCAGCGGCGGCGCCACCGCCAGCGACAGCACCGGGUGCCAGCUUCCGAGCUCGACGGCGGUGACCGAGUCCCAGAGCAGCAGCAGCAACUCCGUGGGCCGGCCGGGCGCCAUGCCGCAUUACGACGUCGUCACGGCGGCGACGCAGCCAGGCGGCUGGGGUGAUCACCAGCUUGGCUACGCCGUGCAAGGAGGUGGGGGUGCCGCGUGUGCCGGAGACAUGGACGGUGGCGUGCCGCCGGAGUUUUUGCAGGCGGCGGCGGUGGCGGGUGACAACUUCUGGGGCCUCGAGGAGUUCUGGCCCACGGUGCCGUCGCUCCACGGCGACUACUGAAUGCGACGGAUGCUCUUGCGCCUUGUGCCGCGUGUAUAGAUAGAUAUCCAUAUCGGUGUGUGAGUGAGUUGGAUUCGUUUGCUAGAACAAAGCGUGCCGGCUUCACUAAAAUUUCAACUGAAUUCUUACGGCGACUAAUUUA